GAUGCCACCAGACACUCAUUCUCAAUCUUCACUUUUCAAUUCCUCCAUCCAUUCGCCUCGUCUGUGUUGUUCCUUCCCUCAUUCUUCUGCUUUAUUCAUCCUUCGUUUCCAUCGUCCGUUUCUCAGAUCACCUUGAUUCUUCACCAACUGCAGGUGCCUUCGUUCACUUUCUCUUCAUUCACUCCCUUCGGCCACCCACUAUCCUUGACCAGAGCCUCGACCUAUUCUUGUGAUCCUCGAGUCACUUUUACAGCAGAACUUGAAAAGCCCUCGCCGACAUCUUGUACACUAAACCUAUUUGACGACAGUUUAUACCAUCUUCACCUUUUGAAUACCGGCUUUUGCCAUUGAUUUGACAUCACAGAUUAUCCUCGAUCCCUUGCUACGUUCGAACGACAUACGACAACUCUGUCCCUGAACCUCGUCUGGUGGGCACCCCCGCUGCAGAGCCCCAUAUGCUAGCCGCAAUGCAGAGUCAAGAUGUGUUUGGAGGACUGGGGAAUCGAUAUGAACAAUCAAAAUUCAUUCCAGGUAACACUGGUUUCAGUCAUGGCGCGUUCAACACCAACCCAGCACCAUAUGGAGGCUACAAUGACCGCAAUCUGAGAAAGACCACUCUCCCUUCCAUCAGCACCGCUACCAAAGAUCAGCCUCCCUUCGUCGGGAACGAACAAACCCCUGGCACUGCUUUUGACAUGAAUUUCACCCCUUUGCUACCAUCACAGUUGUUACUCGGAAGUCCUUUCCAGCCUGGGUCUCCAGGAUCCUUUGCCUCUCCUCAAUUCCCGAGUUUCAAUCGCUUUCCUCAAGGCACAAAUGCCCUGCAUCACCAGACGCAGCAAGUUCACCAGAACCAGCAACUUCAUCUGGGUAGCCCUACCCAAGCCAAUGCCAACCCAAUGUCCCCCCAGGCAUACUCCUCCGUCAUGUCUCCCGAGACCUACACUGCCACAUCACCAACCGGCUUCUCUGGACUUGGUGGUGCAGCCUUCAGUCAUUAUCAGCCAAUGGUCGGUAUGAACAAUACAUGGAUGACUGGUACCAGUCGGACUGUUUACUUGGGCAACAUUCCUGCCGACACGUCUGCUGAAGAGAUACUGGGUCAUGUCAGAAGUGGCCAGAUCGAGUCCGUACGGCUUCUGCCCGAGAAGAACUGCGCUUUCAUCUCCUUCCUCGACAGCAGCUCGGCCACACACUUUCACUCUGAUGCAAUUCUCAAAAAGCUGGCUAUCAAGGGCAAUGAUAUCAAAGUUGGAUGGGGAAAGCCGUCAUCAGUUCCUACCUCCGUUGCCCUUGCCGUACAACAAUCCAGUGCCUCGCGAAAUGUCUAUCUCGGUAAUUUACCAGAAGACAUUACCGAGCAGGAAUUGCGAGAAGAUCUAGGGAAAUUUGGACCAAUUGACACCGUCAAGAUGGUUCGUGAAAAGGCCAUCGCAUUUGUCCAUUUCUUGUCAAUUGGCCAUGCCAUUAAGGCGGUAAAUCAACUCCCUCAGGACCCAAAAUGGGUGGCACCUCGUCGUGUUUACUAUGGCAAGGACCGCUGUGCCUAUGUUUCCAAAACACAACAGCAAAACGCCGCGCAAUAUCUGGGGAUUGCCCCCGGUUACGCCCAUGUCUUGAAUGGAGCUGAUCGGGACCUCAUUUCCAAUGCUCUCGCACAGCAGUCUGUUGCUGCUGCUGCGGUAGCCACUACUGCUGGUGGCGUGAAUAAUCUGGGCAACCGUACCGUGUACCUGGGUAAUAUCCACCCCGAAACCACCAUUGAAGAAAUCUGUAAUGUUGUUCGAGGAGGCCUUCUACACCAUAUACGCUAUAUUCCUGACAAACAUAUUUGCUUUGUCACAUUCAUUGAUCCAACUUCGGCUGCUUCAUUCUACGCAUUGAGCAAUCUUCAAGGGCUCAUGAUCCACAAUCGACGACUCAAGAUUGGCUGGGGCAAGCACUCUGGAGCACUUCCGCCGGCGAUUGCAUUGGCUGUUAGUGGCGGUGCGUCUCGAAAUGUCUACAUCGGCAAUUUGGAUGAGAGCUGGAGCGAGGAGCGCUUGCGACAGGACUUCUCCGAGUAUGGAGAUAUUGAGCUCGUCAAUACCCUGCGCGAGAAGAGCUGUGCGUUUGUCAACUUCACCAACAUCGCUAACGCAAUCAAAGCAAUCGAGGCUGUUCGUGGGCGAGAAGAGUACAAGCGGUUCAAGAUCAAUUUCGGCAAGGACAGAUGCGGUAAUCCUCCGCGACAGAAUCUGAAUAUGAAUGGCAACCAAGGCCGCAUGCAGGGUGGCAUCGACGGCACCGAUUCUCCUGCCUUGGUGAAUGGCUUCGACCAUGCAGCCUCGCAGACGGGAUCGAGCCCGACACGAUCUACCAUUCCUGUGGGACCCAAGGUUGUGGCUCAGCCGAUUCGACAGCAAACAAUGCCUGCCACUCCCUCUGCUAUUCUCAAUGCCGGAGGCCAGAAUCCUUUGACCAUGUAUUUGACCCAUGUUUCGCAACAACAGCAAGCCCAGGCUGAGCAAGACCUACGAGAGGAGACACUGUCGUACGCAGCACAUCAAACGCAGCAAAAUCAGUCACUGUCAAAUCAGCCAACACCUUUGUAUGGCGAUGGCCCCAACGGUAUGUCAAAUGGGUUUGGUGGUCUCGAUGCUGCCACUCCGUCCCACGUUCCUCGCCAGAACAGCAUGAGCGGGGGAUUGGGCAACAUCUCGUUGAGCAAUGGUAACUCGACGACUGUUGGCGGUCUGCUUGCCCCAACCCAUACCGGCUUCGGAGCGAGCCGUAGUGCUCAUUCCCGGGCAGUAUCAUUACCCGCCUUCUCGCAAGAACUCUUCAGCGGAAGUCACGCUACCCAGCCAGGACCAUCCUCGUCACGCGGGUUUGGGGGCCAUGCACCACAAGGCAGCUUUGGGGGAUUUGGAUCUGCGUUUGGCACUGGCUUCGGCACCAGUGGGUUCAAUGGGCUUGGAUUGACCAGUGACAGCCGAUCAGGGCUUUCCGGCUGGGCCGAGGAAGAACUCGGAGCAAAAUAAGUGGUUGUAAUAUUUCUUCCAUAUGUGUUUCUAGGUUUUUUUGGUUUUGAUUUUUUUGGAGUGCUGGAUGAGUGCGCUUCGAUGAAACGGAGGAAUCGUGUGAACACACCGUCAACUAAUAGCAUGCAUGGAUCGGAACGAUUCGUUUCAUCUGGAGAUCUUUGGCCAACGCCCAUAUUGGCGCUGAGUCUUGCGUGCUUCUUAUUGAGCACCAUAUGAUGUGCACCAUGCGCUGGCAGGGUGGUCCAAAUGGGAUAUUAUCUCUACCUCUUGAAUCUAUCUCUGACUUGGGCUUCGAGUCUCAUCGAGGCGCACGCAUAUGAGUUCCAGAAAACGGUGAAAACGACGAGUGAAGCAUGAGGCAUUAAGAGGGCUGGUGGCCGCUGGCUUGGUGAGCAUUACAGAGCCCCGUCUAGCCUGGGAAGCCCAUGUAACUGAUUAAUUUGAUGCAACCGAAUAGACUAUUGAUUCAAGUCUUUAUCAUAUCCUUUACUGAUAGA